AUGGCUCAUUUUCUUCCAGAGGGUGUUAGAGAUGGAUUAGCUCAUGAGUUUGAGCGAUUGGAGCAAACGGAAGGUAUGACAGUUUCAGAGUAUAGUGCUCAUUUCACACAGCUCUCUAGACAUGCUCCUUAUCCUAUCAUUGAGGAGAUGCGUGUUAAGAGAUUCAUUAGAGGAUUGAAGGAUUACUUAUUUAAAUAUGUGGUUGGGUCUAAUUGUUAUACUUUUGCUGAAGUUUUGAGUUUGGUCCUUCAGAUUGAGCAACGAAGAAGGAUAAAGGAGGCAAUAGACAAAAUUCACGAAAGAAACAAAUGCUUGAUGGAUCUUACAAUAACUAUUCGAACCGUAGUGGUGGAUGUAUGUUUGGUUAUCAGGGGCAACAAAGACUCAUGUCUCAAAGGGGUGGUCAUAGUGGGCAGUCUUCUAGGACAGUUUCACAUCCAGAAUUGUUACAAAGAUGGUAAUGCUAAGGUGUGCUAUCAAUGUGGGAGAGAUGCUCAUGUUUUGUUUGAUCUUGGAGCUACACAUUCUUUUGUAUCCUCGUGGUUUGCUACUCGACUUGGUAAAUGUUCAUCUUUUUUAGAAGAACCUUUAGUUGUAGCUAAACCUGUUGGAGGAAAUUUGCUUGCUAAGUCGGUGUAUCGUUCUUGUGAUAUAAAUAUUGAUGGCAAGGUGUUGCCAGUAGAUUUAGUAGUUAUUGACUUGGUAGAUUUUGAUGCAAUUUUGGGUAUGGAUUGGUUGGCUUUGCAUCAUGCCACUUUGGAUUGUCAAAACAAAAUGGUGAAAUUUGAGAUACCAGGGCAAUCAGUCUUCUCGUUACAAGGAGAUCGUUGUUGGGUACCACAUAACCAAAUCUCAGCCUUGAUAGCUAGCAAGUUAAUGAGAAGAGGUUGUCAAGCGUACUUAGUCUUGGUAAGGGAUACACAAGUGGCUGAGGAGGAAUUGGAGAAAAUUCCAAUAGCAUGUGAAUUUCCAAAUGUUUUUCCUGAAGAACUUCCUAGGUUGCCACCGGAUAGGGAGAUCGAGUUCUCUAUAGACUUAGUUCCUAACACUGAUCCUAUAUCUAUACCUCUUAUCGUAUGGCCCCAAUAG